GCUAACGGGGUCCGUACGGCGCGUGGAGCCAGUAGCAACAGCAUGAGCUGCUUUUGUGCUAGUGGUGGGACGCUGAAGAGAGAACCAGACCCAAUGCGGAGGGAGCUCUGCAGCUAGGUUCAAAUAUUAUUACUGGGAGCCACCUAAGACUAACACAGGAGCGUAACAAGCACAGCCGUUAAAGUGAUGUGUCGAGAUUAACGACGCGCUGCGGAGCAGCAGCACAAACCCCUUUUCUUUUUUCAUCCACCUCUACAGGAAAGAGAAUCUUAAACAUCUGAACGGUUGAAAAUGAAGGAUUCACAGGCUCGAGUGGAGAGACAGAGCCCGAGAGAUGAGUGACCACGCCGCUCCUUGGAAGCAGUAACAGAAGAUCACGCAUGCGGAGUUCGCCAGCGGAUCAGCUUCAACCUAAUUCGAUUUCACCCGAGCUCCGAGAGAUGCCGCGCACGGCUUUUGCCUCCGAUGGAUUCGUGAAGCUGUUCCAAGAAGGCCCUCGUCCAACCUCUCGCUGAAGCUAAGCCUCGAGUCCCGAGCAGAGCGUGGGGGCCAGGAUGUGGCCCCCGGACGUGGGGCCCCCGGACGUCCAGCUGACGCUUCCCGGCUUCGCGAGCGUGUUCGAGGAUGCGGAGGAGCUCCAGGCGCCGCUGGCCUCCGGUGGGUUCUGUCAGUCCGUCCCCUCCGGAGGCCUGUGCUGCCUUCCCAGGACGCCGCUGCCGCCGCCGUCCUUGGGCCGGGACCUCGCCUCCUUGCUCGGCUGCAAGACCAAUGGCUCUCACGUAGACAAGAGCAUGGAGGCCUUCGCCACCGCGGCGCACGCGGAACCCAGAGUCGUCACAGAGAGGUUCAGUUGUUACCCACAGCCCUCCCUCCCGUUGUCCUACACGCUCACCAACUGUGCCACCUCUGCUUCGUUCUGCCCACCCUCAUCCUCUCUGUCCUCUGCCUCCUCCCCGUCCUCUUUAUAUUUUGCCUCUUCCUUGCGUCCGUCCGAUGGCAGCCACAAAACGUCUCAGCUCAAGCUGCAAGAAGAGCAUCCCUCCAUAAAACAGGAGCCCGCCGACGACUUCUCGCCGUGUAAGAAGGAGGCGUUUCACGCCGGCGGCCAGCAGGGGGCGCUGUUCCACGUCCAGCAGCUGCUCCAAGCCCACGACGGGCGGGACCGAGCCCGGACCCCCGUGCAGUCGCUCGGGCUCAGCGGGCCCGUGGGUCCGGACCCCGCGGCGGACCCGCAGGAGCAGCCGUGCCACUGGAUCGACUGCAGCGCCGCCUACGGCAGCCAGGAGGAGCUGGUGAGGCACAUCGAGAAGGUCCACAUCGACCAGCGCAAGGGGGAAGAGUUCGCGUGUUUCUGGGCGGGAUGCGUGCGACGCCAUAAACCCUUCAACGCGCGCUACAAGCUGCUCAUCCACAUGAGGGUUCACUCCGGAGAAAAACCCAAUAAAUGCAUGCAGGUGCCUCCAGAGUGAGACGUGUUUACAUACGACCAGCAAAACACUGCAGCAACUUCAUUUAAUAGGAUUAGGAUUUUUAUCCGUUGGUGAAGGAGGAAGCGGUGAUGUCAUCAGAGAGAGGACGAACAGAAAAGGCCUUGUGGAAGAAGCGUUUUUUUACUUAUGAAGUACUGUAUGUGUGGACCUUUGACCCUAACCUGGUUUUUAAGAAGUAUAUAGAAGUAUUUUUGUGAUUUUUAACAUCUUUGUGGUUGAUUCUUCUGUUUUAUCUAAGCUCUGUCGCUGAAUAAUUGACCUUUGACCUCCCCUGACGCCGCUUCACUCUCCCCUUCUAUGACUUUGUUGUUAUUCUGAAGGGCUGGUGACAUGUGAGACACUGUUGACUCUGGUUUGUGUUAUGUUGUUUUAAAUUGUCCUGCUUUUCUUUAAAACAAUUGGCCCUUUGAAAACCAUAAAUAAAUAAAAGCAUGUUAGCGGGGGAGCCUUUUCUUUUUUCCUCUGGAGGGAGCAGUUGGCUGAGGGCUAAUAAAUAAAACAAAUCUAAUAAUGAACAUCACAAACAUGACAUAAUGAUGCAGAUGUUGGAGAAGAGCUACUAAAUCUAACAUUGCAGGCUGAACUCUAUCUGGUCUCUGAAUGUCACACAGUAACGUUCGUUUUGUAGCUUUUUCUAUUCAUUUUGCCCUGGUCCAUAAAAUAAAGGGACCAUUAUACACAUUAAACGGUGAAAGAAGACUGAUGCAUGCUGUCACGCUGGACAAAUGAAGAAUGUAAACUACAACCGAAGCCUAAACAAAAGCUGGGCUCAAAUUUCUGGUCCAACUUUUCACAAAUCUGUUUCUAUUUAGUUACAACUUCCUUUGGUCGAAUUUAUAGCAUUUCACUGGCACCGUCGCUUUGCUAAAGUAUGUUGUAUGCCUGUUGUAUUUUUGAAUUACUAACACUAAUAUGAGUUUUAUGAAGCUUUAUGAGUUUGUUCCUGGAGCUCAGAUGA